UUGAUGAUAGAACUUUUGUCCAUUUUUUUUGUCAUCCUAAGAGGUGGUAUACCUUAUGCUUGACACAUAAACACAAGCGCAUAAAUCUGCAUUUACUGGAUUGAGUUUAGAAUGAUGCCAAUAAAUUGCUCGUAUAUUUCUGAUAAUCAUUAUCAUGUUGGCUCUACAUCCUUGUAUAAAGUGAUUAUUUUCUAACUAAUGUAUUAAAAUGAGGUCAACUGGUCAACCAAAUAGCGAAUUAUUUUGCUGAGAUAUCAGAUAAGAUCCGUCUUUCAAAUUUAAAUUGCGCGAAAAGGUUAUAUAAUACAGGAUAUACGUUUAUCGGUCGAUUACGCUAAAACAAACAAGAAUGGGAACUUCUCAAAUCUACAUCCUAUUUUAAACAAUUUUUAAAACAAUGCUGGUAAAUAUACGGAUGGUGAUAAUUUGGUAUAAAAGGACUGUGGUAGCCUCUUCUCUCAUCAGUAUCCAGUCUAAUCUCGAUAGAAGAAAACUACAUAGUAAAGUUUCUGCAGUAAACUUUUGCUCAUCUUUUAUUUGCAGAUUAUCAAAUCAUCAAGAUGAAGCUGUAUCAGUCAAUGUUUGUAGCUUUGGUUGUCAUCUCUGUUAUUGGUGAUGUCAGCCAUUUUGUUCACAAUAUGGCCGCUUCUCCCGGAAGUGAGCUUUCAAGAAAUUCAUUUAGUUUGAUUUCUGGAUCGGACGCCAUUAUUGGUGCUCUAGCACGAGCUAUUGGUAGAGCUGUAGCCAGACGAGCCGCCGCAGGUCACAGAAAAAAUAGACGACCAAGCAACCGCGGAAAACACGAGAAAGGUGAUUCCAGACGUCAGCGUGAUCAGAACAGAAGUGACGGACAAAAGGGAGGCAAAGGCGGAAAAGGAGGAAACAAAGGUUAAAUUAAGAAAAAAAACUGACUAGUCUUACUGCCUUUUUGAAAUUUUACGAAUAGAGAUUUGUCGAUAUUUUAGACAAACAAAAAACUUUUAGCUUUUUAUAUCGCAAACUGAUGUAUACAUUUUCACAACCUUAUGUUUUAAAUUUUCAACGAUUGAAAUACUCGUAUUAUAACAUGAAACUGUCCAAUUUUACUGUGAUAUUACACAUGUAAUUACAUAAUAUUGUCGAUAUUUUGUAUUUAAAUUAUUUUUGCCAUAAGUUUGUUUGUUCAUAAUAAAAUAAUUGUGUAAAUUUAA